GGUGUCAAUUCAGUGGGUUUGGCAACACUGUUACCAUCACCAUCAUAUCCAUUUAUUGCUACAAACUCUUCUUGUUGUACAAAAAGUCUAAACGAAACGUGAAGUUUGUUAGUAUUAGUUUAACCCAAAACUAUAGUGUUUAACAUAAAGAUAAACGUAGUUAGCAUUAAAGUUAAUUUCCCGGUGGUUAACAAAAGCGAAGACACGAAAAAACACUCGUACCCAAGAGGCGUGAGCGUGACGACGACGACGACAAGGGAGAGAGAAUAAGGAAAAUCGAAAGAGCAAAAAAAAAAGUAGAAAAAAAAAACUAAAUCAGAAUCGGAGAAACAAAUUAAAUUAAUUUAGCGUAUGCUAUAUGAAACUCAAAGUUAUCUACAUUGACAGCAAGUGUAACUAACUGAAAAGAGGAAGAGGAAGUACAACAUCGAAAUCGAGUUCAAUUCGCAACCAGUGUUCAUCCUAUACGACAUGUAUGCCGGAGCAUAUGCACCCACUGCCGGUGGCAUUCAGCAGCACACGGGAGGCGGCGGCUAUUAUGGCAAUGGCGCUGGCGCUGCCGGUGCCGCAGGCGGACCACGCCACGAGCGUCCCUUUUAUACACGUAAUAAUUAUCCCGGAGCAGCUAAUGGAGCGGCUCUGAAUGGUGGCGGAGCUGCAAGCAGUAUGCACUUUGGCCAACCCUAUGGAGUGAUGACCUAUGGUAUACAGAAUGGCAUCAGCAUGGGAGCCCCGGCUGCAGCUGGUGGUAAUGGAAAUCCCUAUCGCGGUGGCAACGCCGUACAAAAUGGUGCUGCCUUUGCCAGUGGCGGCGGCGCUGGUGCUGGCGGUGGCUAUCAAGGUCAGGGCGGUCCACGCGGCAAGAAUCCAAGUUAUGCACAACGCUACCAAAAGCCACACAACGGUGGGGGCAUCAUGGGUAAUGGUGGAUACCAGGGUCAAUUGGCUAGUAAUUACAAUGCAGCUGCUUUGGGAAUGCUUUCCAAGGAGGAGCGAGCCGAAAUUCAACGCGAAAAAGCCAAGAAUCCUGGACGCAAUCUGGUCAAGCCAAAGUGGGAGAAUUUAGCACCAUUUCACAAGAACUUUUACAACAUUCAUCCAAAUACACUGAACAAGACAGAACAGGCUGUUGCCGAGAUGCGUCAUGAGCUGGAGAUUACCGUGUCGGGUAAUGAUCUGCCCCAUCCGGUGGCCAAUUUCGAGGAGGCAUCACUGCCGCCACACAUUAUUGACGAAAUGAAACGUCAGGGUUUCACAAAGCCAACAGCUAUACAGGCUCAAGGUUGGCCCAUUGCUUUGAGCGGCCGCGAUCUGGUCGGCAUUGCCCAGACGGGCUCCGGCAAGACAUUGGCAUAUAUGCUACCAGCCAUUGUCCAUAUUGGUAAUCAGCCACCCAUUUUGCGUGGUGAGGGUCCCGUUGCCUUGGUAUUGGCACCAACACGCGAGUUGGCCCAGCAGAUUCAGUCGGUGGUCCGUGACUAUGGCCAUCUGUGUCAGCCAGAAAUCCGUCACACUUGCAUCUUUGGCGGCUCUUCGAAGGUGCCGCAGGCUCGCGAUUUGGAACGCGGCGUUGAAGUGAUCAUUGCUACACCAGGCCGUCUUAUCGAUUUUCUCGAGAACCGCAAUACGAACUUGCAGCGCUGCACCUAUCUGGUGCUCGACGAGGCCGAUCGUAUGCUGGACAUGGGCUUUGAGCCCCAGAUACGUAAAAUCAUCGAACAGAUACGCCCUGAUCGUCAGGUGGUCAUGUGGUCGGCCACCUGGCCAAAGGAAGUCCAGGCCCUGGCCGGUGAUUUUCUUAACGAUUACAUCCAAAUUAAUAUUGGGUCUAUGAAUCUCUCGGCUAAUCAUAACAUACGUCAGAUUGUUGAAAUUUGCACCGAAAUGGAGAAACCGCAACGCAUGAUGCGUCUCCUUAAGGAGAUUGUACCAACUACCAAUAAUGCGGCCAACAAUCUUAAUAAAAUUAUUAUAUUUGUGGAGACCAAGAUAAAGGUGGAGGAUAUCCUACAAAUUAUUCGUACCGAGGGCUACACUGCCACUUCAAUCCAUGGCGACAAAACCCAAAACGAGCGUGACUCUGUUCUGAAAGACUUUCGCAAUGGCAAAUCGAAUAUACUAAUUGCCACAGAUGUGGCAUCCCGUGGUCUGGAUGUCGAGGAUUUGCAGUAUGUGAUUAACUAUGAUUAUCCAAAUUCAUCGGAGAAUUAUGUUCAUCGCAUUGGGCGCACGGGUCGUUGUCAGCAAUUGGGCACGGCUUAUACAUUUUUCACACCGGACAAUGCCAAACAAGCACGCGAACUGAUAUCCGUGCUAGAGGAAGCCGGUCAGACACCAUCACAAGCGUUGCUCGAUUUGGCACGCUCCAUGCCAAAUUCGGGUGCCUAUCGCGGCAAUAAGCGUUGGAACACCAGCAGUGGCGGCGGAGGUGGCAUUGGCGGUGGCAGCAGCACUAGCGGUGCCUAUCAGCAGCGUCUCAAUCCACUCAAUUAUCAGGCCGGAGGCAAUAGCUAUAAUAACAAUCGUGGAGUUGGCGGUGGCUAUCAACAGUAUACCCCCGGUGGUAAUCAAUAUCAGCAGAAUGGCAGCAAUGGUGGCGGUAGCAAUUGGAAUCGCAUGAACCAGCAGGGAGGAGGCCAGGAUGGCGGAAGCCAACGCAACGGCGGCGGUAAUGCCUAUCGUCCACGCGCUCCGUUCAAUAGUGGCGGACCACGUGCCAUUAUGGGUCAUCAGGGUGCUGGCGGUGCUGGUAAUGGUGGAGUUGGCGGCAGUUCCGGCGGUCCACAGCCUCAUUUGGGACAGCAGGGUGGUCCAUAUAUGCCUCAGCCGUUUCGUGGUCGCGGACAAUUCGUGCCACCUAAUGCAGCAGCUGGUGGCAUGCCACCAAGAUUUCAACAAUAUCCCAAACGCGAAUAUCAGCCACAGCACUAUCAGACGGCACCACAGCAGCAGCAGCAGCAGUCGAUACCACAGCAAAAGCUAUCGAAGGACGACAAAUAUUCCCCACAGCAACCGGCAACAGUGAGCACUCCCGUGGUGCAUUAUACACCAGCCAAUUCGCCGCCAAUUUCAGCUGUGGCUGCUGUGGCAGCUGCAGCGGCAGCUGGUCGCACUGUUGCCCCAGCUCCACCGCCAGGCGGUGCCUAUCUGUAUGAUGCAGCCGGAGUGCUAACAACAGCCGGUGCUCCUGGCACCAAUCCGUAUGCCAGCCAAUUUAGCAUGCCGGCAACAUAUUAUGCUACCGCUGCCCAACAUCAUCAAUUUGCCCCAGCUGUAGCCGGACCAGGUCCAGGAGCUGCCAUUGAGCAGGCGAGCCAGCACUAAAAUGGCCGCCGCCACUACCACCACUACCACUACUACCCAUAUUAACAACAAUUGCUUCAACUCCACCCCCAACAACAUCAGCAGCAGCAGUAGCAGUAGCAACAGCAACAGCUGUAAUAACACCAGCAACAAAAACAACAACAUCAUCAUGGACACAAAAAAUGACAACAAUCACCACACACUCCCAAGGCAGAAGAAGACAUUUGCAGCAAACUGCAGCAUCAUCCAAGUCCCAAAAUUCUCUUAUCUUCUUUUCUUUAUUUUGAUACACAAUUUGAAUUCAGAA